AACUCAGGGCGGAUAGUCAGUCAUCCAGUGAGUGCGAGUCUGGAAAGUCGCGACACUCCGCGAUCUCAGGGUUCAGACAGCCCCUUUGCCUUGAGGGGAAGUAGUUAACCGGAAAAAAAGUAAUGUGUUCCUUAUUUCCAAAAUACUUUUAUUUGUACUAAGUCCUGUCUUAACGUAGGUCAUAACCAGAGAUGAGUUUUGUUCCUGGCUACGUAACAAUUUUUAAUGGAACACUCUAAUAAUUUCUGUUUGGAAGUUUAAAAGUGUAAGGGUGUGAAUUGCUGGUGUACUAUAUAUGCAGCUGAUAUACAGCGAUACCAUGGCUACACAGAAAACCCGAGAACCGGCGAGAGUGCCCCCACCAAGCGAACAAAACCAGGAACAGUGAAUCCUCUGAACCAUGAUCCUGCUGCAGCUCCUUCAACACUGAGAGCUACGGAUUAACGUGGAGCCCAAAGCUGUCGACGUGGCAUUGAUUUAACAAAAUUUUGUAUUUUCUUUUAACACCAUUUGAAUAAAACACCCUACGUUCUCGUUUAUAAAGCAAUUCAAUAUAUGGAUGCAUAGGUUGCUUUUAUCUGUCUAUAUUUUUAUCAAGAUAAAGAUCUUCUAAUACAGUAUAAAUCACAGCCUCUGGUCACAGUAGUGACUAACGAGACUUAACAACUUCAACAUUAAAUGAACUUUAAGCACUUCACGUCGGUAAAUGAGAUCAAAUAUGAAAACAAUUUAAUGGUGUUAUAAUUUUUUAUCUGUAUUGAAAGCAACUUGAUGACAUGAUUGCAUUCUCAAAGUCUUUCACAUUCAUGGAUUUCCUGUACGUGCUCAUAAAGUGACAUCUGUUAAAAUAGAUGGGGACAGCUCAUAUGAAGAUUGUAAAGAAACAGAAAUAGCAAAACUCUCUUGUUGAUUAACUUCUCCAUGUAGGCGUAACUAACUUCCCUUCAAGUGAAGAUGUUUGUGAGAGUCGUAUGGUUUGCUAAUACUAUUGCUCUCGUCUACUGCAACGCCAUAUCUGCGAAUAUAAGUGAAAAUAAAGGUUUCACCCUCGAGCAAGGAAUCCCCCACCUGAACACGCAGCCAUACUUCUUGCCCGCACCGGCGAACGAGGUCACGACUCUGGAAGGCCAGUCAGCUUAUCUCCACUGCAGAGUUGCCCAACUCGGAGAUAAGAAGGUAUCGUGGAUCAGGACCAGAGAUCUUCAUGUCCUCACGUCUGGACUUCAUACAUUCGCCUCAGACCAGCGCUUCAUUGCACUCCACGCCCAUCGCUCAGAAAACUGGACUUUACAAAUUAGAUUCAGCCAAACGAGAGACUCAGGAGAAUACCAGUGUCAAGUCAACACAGAGCCAAAAUUAUCAAUGAGAUAUUAUCUUCGAGUUCAAGAAGCAGCUACUGUGGUAGAGGGAUCUGAUCAGCGGUAUGUGAGGGCUGGCAGCACAAUUCAGCUCUCCUGCAAAGCUCCUUUUGCAUGGCAACCACCAGGUCUCCUUUAUUGGUACCAUGACACGGAAAUCCUUCAUCACAAGGGAAGGAUUUCCAUAGACACGCAUCUCGGCAAUGAGACCUACAGUCAUCUCGUUAUUGAAAAAGCCCAAAUCAGCGACUCUGGAAACUACACUUGCUGGCCGACCAAAUUUCUGCCGGCGUCUGUGAUGGUUCACGUGUUACCCGAUGAAAAUGCAGCCGCCAAGUCACUGGGCGUCAGCAACAACAUCGGAGGACCUUCCGCCUCGAAGGAUCUCACGACGUCAGCAGCGACGCCCGUGACGUCACCAUUGAUGCUUUUGCUCGUGUUCCUUUACCUGUCCUCGGUGCUGCAGCUGCUGCCGAACAGAUAGCUCCACCAGCUGGAGUUCACCUUUUCUGGAAUUUCAGUUUACUUCGCCCGUCAUCUCAUUUCACACCUCCUGGACCGGAUCAUUUCAGAGACGUUUUGCCGCGAAACUUUCAUCAGACAGUAACAGGACUGAUGCAAUCAAUUUACUGAUAAAUUUGUGUAUCGUGUUUAAUAAAAUAUAUCUAAAUGUGACCCUUCCUCUCAUUCAUUAGGUCAAUGACCUGUAUAAUGUGUAUUUUAUGUCUGCAUUUUUCUGUAUCUUCGGAGAGAUGAGUGUACUCUUAUAAUGCCUUAUAUCCUUCCGUUUUUUUUCCCUAGAAUGUGGUAUAUGGUUGUUGUGCCAAUGGUUCUACCCUGUGGGUAGCCAUUUGAGCUUACAUAGGCACUAAUCCAAGUACUUACCAAACACAGUUUUGAUUUGACAUUCUUAUCAGCCCUGGCAGAUCAUCAUGUAAAAUUAUCUGUUAAACUGAGUUAUGAGGUAUAACUAUGAAAUCUGUCAGAUACUGCGUGUAAGUCAUGAACUGGAGGUUUAGC